ACUCUGACUAAAUGAAACAGUGAAAGUAGUGGGGCUAUGCGUAUGCAAGUGUUCUGAAAGUCUGAAAAACUUACAUUGAAUGGAAAUGUUAGAUUUGUUGUAGAUUAUGUCAAGUAUUAUUUUGUCACUUUUUAAAAUAACGUUUAUUUGCGGACCCGAGAGGGAAAUACGUUUUUGUGAUCAUUUUGGAAUCAAUUUAUUCGUGAAAAGAACAUUGAUUUUGAACAUAAGGAGUGAUAAGCUUGAGGUUAAAACUGGUUAUUAUAAUGUAUAAUGGUUUAGCUUCAUUUAUACCUUAUUGCCAUCAUGACUUUGAGGAUCGGAUUAGUUCAAAAUGGAUUAGCUGAAGACUGUCAAGUAUUCUCAACAAUGGAGAAAAAACCCAAUGUUUCAUUUUCAGGUGACAAAGAACUGUUCCAGAGCUUAGAACCUUUGUUGUCGUCGUCUCUACCUCAGGAGCCAACAGAAUGGAGGAGAUCGUACGGUCGCAUAAUCAAAUCAGUUCAUGUUCCAGCAUCGUUUGUGUCCUUUGGUAAAGACAUAUUGCCUAAAGAUGGAGAUUAUCGUCUAAUUCAUCAACCUAUAUUCCACACUUAUUGGACGCAGUGUCCGGAUAUUGAUACCUAUAAAUCUUCAGGGAAGGAAGGCAUCGAGGCUUGGAUGAAAACUUUGGGCCAACAUAACAUAACUGAUUGGAUGAUAGUGCUAGUAGAAACGUAUGACUUUCGAAAAAGCAAUAAACUCAUUCCGAGAACAACUGUUCUUGAUAAAAUAAGAAGUGAUUUCGGCUCUAAACACGCCGAUAGGUGUUUAUCUGUGAUAAACCCCCUGAGGUCAGAAUCGAGGUCAGCGGGGUCCUGGCGAGGUUUGCUUGUUAACUUCCGCCUCCUACUCCUCAUCGCGUACGACAGAGCUCUCCUACGCUUUGAAGAAAUUAUUCGAGAGCAGCGUGAGAAGAGAAAUCAACCUGGCUGGAGUUUUUGCCAAUAUUUUCUCUUACAGGAGGAAUUGGCGUUUGUGCUGCACAUGUUGGGGGUGUAUGAGGAGGCUUUGGUACAAUACGAUGAGUUGGAUGCUCUCUUUACACAGUUUGUGUUAAACUCCAACUUAGGAGAUACACCUAAAUGGUUAAGUGGAUUCCAGGCUUCUGUCGACUGUUGGCCUGGCUUAUCGUUGUCAAAAACUCUCGACGUAGAGGCGAGGAAGAAAAUCCAACAAAAUGACAUUUCUUUAUUACAGUUCCGAAGUUACCUAUUUUCAAGACAAUGUUCAAUGCUACUUUCUACAUGUAAACCCUGGGAGAUAGCCCAGCGGUGUCAGCCAUUCCUGCAGAAUUGUAUCAACGAGUUGCGUAUACUCGAGGUGGACAGUCCAGCGGGCGCAGUGGCCAGCUGGGUGUUCCUGUGUUGUGUGGAGGUGCUCGACACCUGUGCGAGGUUCAACGAUACCAGUCAGGUGGAGGCCUACUCUCUCUACACUGCCACACUUUGGGCGUACGCCAGGGAUAAGCUGGGGGAGCUAGGGGAGUUGUGUGGACUGAUGCCAGGCUGUGAGACUACCAGUGAACAUCUGCACACAGUCGUACUGUUGUCUGCCGGUAUCGGAGACACUCCUGCCACUCUGGCAGCGACCAGGCUGCGUCAGGCUCUCUCCUCCAAGGAAGCCUUCAAGAAACAAUAUUUGGAGUUGUCAGAGCUGGCAAUCAGCACGUUCAAGCACAUCGGCAGAGUGCGGUGUGCUCACGAGAUCGGCAGGGACUUGUCCAGCUUCUACCGUCGCCUGGGGGAUCUCACAUCGGCCUCGGUGUUCCUCAGGAACACCCUGCACAGCUACGACGAGGACGGGUGGCUCACUCUGGCCGCUCAGACGCGGAUACAGUUGGCGAUGUGCUACAGGGACCUCAAAGACUGUAAAAGAUAUUGCAAGACAUGUGCCGCCAUUUCUUCUACUCCACAUCUAGACAUGAGCACAAGAAUGUUUUACUUUGAAGAAAUGAAUAGGCUACUGGAGGAGCAUAAGUCAGAACCUCCAUGGACGUGUAGACUGGGGGACGGGUUCACGAUAGACAGUGUGGAGGUGAGAGUGCUGGAGACAGAAGACUCGGUGGAAGCGGUUGUGUCUCUCACUAGCCUGCUGCCUGCGGAUGUAACCUGCGGUUACCUGCAGAUAGCUGUCGAGCCAGUAGCCAAGGAGGGAAACACUGACAAGUUCAUUUCUCGGGUAGAUUUUGAAGAGCUGAAGAUGACAUCUUUGAAGGCUCCUCUGGUCGAAAGGUUUGAUUAUAAACAAGACCGGAGCCUCGCUCAGGCUAAUGUUGCCAGCAAAUUCCACAAGACGGUAUGUUUAAGGCGACAGGACAGCCAAUUGCGGCCAACUAAAGUGGUUACAAUUGCCCGAGCAGACUACACAAACUCUCUGAGAACAGCAAACGUGGUGCUCAGGCCGGGCAAGAACACAGUUACCCUUAGAGCUAAGACUGAAGAGCCUGGGAGUUACAAGCUGAGUCAGCUGUGUGUGGGACUGCCAGGGUUAGAGUUCUUGUCGGAGUGUAUCAAGCCGAGGCUCAAGUACCAGGUGGUGGAUAUGCCCAUCACUACCAGACUUAUCAAGGGAGAGCAAGAUCUGUUGGCAGGACUGGCUCAGACACUUGUCAUCAACAUACACACGGGCAGUCGUCACAUAUCCCAGAACUCAGUGCUGCGACUGCACACAACGAUGGGCCUGACACUGCAACUGACUGAGUCCGACGCUCCCAGCCGACAGCUGGACAUUGCUCUCCCUGCCGCAGCUCCUUUCAAGACCUUGGAGUUGCCGAUCAUUGUGUUCGCUCAGCUACCCCCCACUCGAGACGGCUCUCCUAUAGAACAUGUGAUCGGGAUGAGGUGUCCUUGGGCGGAAGAAGAGAAGCCGUUGCUGCUGCAGUUCCAGCCACCGUUCUUGACAACGUCGCGCUUACACACUGCCUUCCUGCACAAGUUUAUCCACAUUUCGGUGGUGGGGCUGAGCCCUCAGCCACUGAGACUGCAGGAGCCGCAGCUGGUCGCCACCUCGACGUGUCCUGUCCAGCUGGUCUCCCACAAUCCUGUGUCUGGCCAGCACCUGGUUGUCAACGCUGAGAAGCGAGUCGCGCUGAUGUGGGAGUUACAACCAGAUGACUCGCCCAGCACACCGACUAUACACACAGAGUUUUCCAUACAGUACCGACCACUUCAUCUCUCCAGACCCUUCGUCACGUACAGGUGUCCCUUCGACAUUAUCAAUUAUAAGACACUGUUUGUGGUAGAAGCCAGGGUAGAGCCCACCAAGGGCAGUGAGUUCUGCCGCGCCAGCACUGUGUGUCACCUGCACAUCUGUGUACAGCGAGUGUGUGCCAGCUCGGACACUAGCCUCAUGUACGAAGUGUUAGCUGACCAGACCAUGUGGGCUAUUUGUGCCAAAACCGCAGGGGUGAUCAGCGUUGAGACUGGUGAGAGGCAGUCCGUGACGUUGGAUGUCAUGCCACUCAUCAAUGGCUACCUCCCACUACCUCUGGUGCGUCUCUCCAAGUACAUCCCGGCUGUGUCCUCCACUCGAGGACUUCAAGGUGAUUCUCAUCCAAGACUUGAGCCCUUCUCCCCAGGACAGGUGUAUAAUGGCAGCAAGGGAAGUCAGGUCCAUGUCAUUGCGGCGGCCACCACAUAGCAUCCAGAGAAGAAAUGAGGAAGUAGCAGUGGAUUUGUAGGUUUGAGGGCAUGGUUUGCGCUGUGAUACCUGCAUCUCCUCCACUUGGAACUCAUUAGUACAUAUUUUAGUUAUGUAGUACUCGCCAGCUAGCUUGUGUAUAUACUGUACAUUUUUUCAUAUAAAUAAGAUAAACGUUUUGUAUAUAUAACUGAUGUUGAAACAAAUGCUAUCCUUUUUGUACUCAUACUCAUUAUAUAACUAUGGCCUUUUUAUAUUUUUACCUAAUUAUAGAGUACUGUUUUACUCAAUGUACUUUGUGAAAUAGACAUCGGUGUAUAAAAAGACAUUUUUGCAUUCAAACAGAAGAAAUCAAAAAGUCAGAUUGUCAAAGUGUGAAACUUACGUAAAAUAUGAAUAAUAAUUAAUUUUAUUGUAUGAUUGGUCAUAUAAAGCAAGUAAAACUGUAUUACUCCA